AUGUUGGUUCGUAAGUGCCCAUGUAUAGUACCCAAAGGAGCGGGGAGAUGCUUUCAGUACUCUCAUCGAUAUCAAGCUUCCACGCUGGAAGAGGCUCUAAAUUCAUUUCCUGAUUUGACCAUGGAGAUGCCAGUAAAUCCUACUGAUGGGACAUCUUCUUUGUUCAACGAACAUUUUAAACCUGAAAGAUGUGCUAGUGAAGAAUGCAUAGUUUGUCAGAAAGAAAUACGAGAAAGAGUUUUCGAGUUGGGUUUACGUCCUAAGCUUUUCAAUUCGCGUAAUUUAAGUAAUACAACCGUCAUAUGUACUCGGUAUCGUUUCUCUCAGCCCAAUGCUGUUCUGCACGGCAUUCGGCAUGGAAACAACGAUAUAGUUGUGGAAGCGUAUGAAAAAAACCAGAAGAGAGGAGAUUUGCAGAGAUUUCCAAGACAGCUUGUGCCUCUUCUGGGUAACGGCAAUCGUUAUGUAAUUUCUUGCACAACUAAAGGUAUUACUCCGGAUCCAAGUGGUAUGUUAUCAUUAUGUUCGUGCUGUUGGACAUGGCGCAGUCUUCCUCGGUAUUAUUUUCCAACAUUUAUAAACGAACUGAUAUGUGACACUUUGGAUGGCACCUGUUUGUCAGGCUAUGCAGCUUGCGUAAAUGUGCAAAGAACAGUGCAGGUUUUGAGAAUUGAUACGGGAGCCCCUACACCAGUAAAUAUUCAGAUUGGAUCUCACUGCGAAUGCAAGAUUAGGCAAAACUCACCAAUUACGCGUCUUAUAAUGGGAAGAACGGCUAUCGGUUCAACGGUACCGCAAUUUGGGAAAUGA